CCGACGUCCCUUUACUUACUUUCCAAGCAGAAGAUGGCAAGCAUACACUUGUCACCAACGUGUCACCGUUAAUGUGUUCAUCAUGUUCUUCCAACCCAAGUCCAUAUUACAAAUACUCAACGGAGGAGAUAAACCCCACAAGCUUUCUGGGUUUUCUUGUAUAUUUGCAGAGAGAGAGGGAGUAAUUUGAUUUGUAGAGCAAAAAUGGCUGAAGUAGAAGAGGUGAGAAACAAGCAGGUUCUACUAGGAGACUACGUUAAUGGCUUCCCGAAAGAGACGGACAUGUUUCUGAGCACUAAAACUAUACAGUUGAAGGUGCCUGAAGGAUCAAGGGCGGUUCUGGUGAAGAAUCUCUACUUAUCCUGCGAUCCCUACAUGCGAAAUCGAAUGACGAAGCCAGACGGCGAGCCGAGCAUCGGUGAUUCCUUCAAGCCUGGAUCGACUAUAACUGGGUAUGGUGUGGCUAAAGUUCUGGAUUCUGGUGAUCCAGACUUCAAAACAGGCGAUCUCGUGUGGGGGAUAACUGGAUGGGAGGAGUACAGUCUUAUAGAUACAAAGCACGAAUCCCUCUUCAAAAUUCAUCACACAGACAUUCCUCUUUCUUUCUAUACUGGAAUUCUCGGUAUGCCUGGAAUGACUGCUUAUGCUGGGUUUUAUGAGGUUUGCUCUCCUAAGAGAGGAGAGAAUGUGCUCAUAUCAGCGGCAUCAGGUGGAGUUGGUCAGCUUGUGGGACAGUUUGCCAAACUAAUGGGUUGCUAUGUGGUUGGAAGUGCUGGAAGCAAGGAAAAGGUUGAUUUAUUGAAGAACAAGUUAGGGUUUGAUGAAGCUUUCAACUAUAAAGAAGAGCAUGACUUGGAUGCUGCUUUGAAAAGGUACUUUCCGAGAGGUAUUGAUAUCUACUUCGAGAACGUAGGAGGGAAGAUGCUCGACGCUGUCCUCCUCAACAUGCGACCCCACGGCCGCAUAGCUGCAUGUGGGAUGAUCUCCCAAUACAACCUGCCACAGCCUGAGGGAGUGCACAAUCUGUUUUGUCUGAUCACCAACCGGAUCCGAAUGCAAGGGUUUGUAGUUUUCGACUACUUUCAUCUCUACCCCAGGUUUCUGGAGUUCGUUCUCCCAAAUAUCAGACAAGGGAAGAUAGUUUAUGUCGAAGAUAAAGCUGUGGGUCUCGAGAGCGCGCCUGCAGCUCUAGCUGGACUCUUUUCUGGGCGCAAUGUUGGAAAACAAGUAGUUGUAGUUGCUCGUGGAUGAUUACUUUCUUCCAUGAAUCUUCUAGUCUGGUUGAUCCGUCUGUAGCAAUGGGACAAUUAAUCAAAUUGAUGUAACUGUGUUCGGUGUUGUCAAUGGACACAUGAUCAUGAUCUAAGCCUAAGCCUGGAGUAGAAGAUAUCAAUUGGUAGAUCCAUGGAAAUUCACGAAUAUUCUGAGACCAACAGAACUGAACUCAUAGAAUCACGCAAGGAGAGAUCGUGAUCUUUGUACGUUGGUUAUAAAGGAGAAUUAUAUUACAAUAGAUGUUGUGACGAUAAUAAAUAAUCUCGUAUAUGUAGUAUAU